UGAUGCUUUCUAGUUAGUAUAACAACUUCUGAACAAGAACGUUGACCUAAAACGCAUCUCACAAAACAUUGCAAGGAGUAUAAUAUCGUUUACUGUACAUGGUUAUGACUUUGAAGCGCAGGAGAAGUGUUUUCCUGUCUAAGAAUGAUGGCACAUGGAGAAUUUUAUUCACCUUAUUGUGCUUUUGGUGUACAGUUCUAUCGGCAAGUGCAGAUACCAGUACUUCAACAACCUCAACUACAACUACUACUCCAGUUUCAUCUGAAGCAUCCACAACAACAGCUUUCAGCACAUCAUCACCGACAACAACAAAUGUGAAAACAGACAGCACAACAGUUUCCUCAACAAAUCCUAUCACUUCAGAAACAUCAAGUGCAUCUUCAACAACUCCUACCACUUCAGAAACAACAAGUGCAUCUUUAACAACUCCUACCACUUCCGGAACAACAAGUGCAUCUUCAACAACUUCUACCACUUCCGGAAUAACAAGUGCAUCUUCACCAACUCCUACCACUUUCGGAACAACAAGUGCAUCUUCAACAACUCCUACGACUUCAGAAACAUCAAGUGCAUCUUCAACAACUCCUACCACUUUCGGAACAUCAAGCGCAUCUUCAACAACUCCUACCACUUCAGAAACAUCAAGUCCAUCUUCAACAAGUCCUACCACUUCAGAAACAACAAGUGCAUCUUCAACAGCUCCUACCACUUCCGGAACGACAAGUGCCUCUUCAACAACUCCUAUCACUUCCGGAACGACAAGUGCAUCUUCGACAACACCUACCACUUCCGGAACGACAAGUGCAUCUUCAACAACUCCUACCACUUCCGGAACGACAAGUGCAUCUUCAACAACUCCUACCACUUCAGAAACAACAAGUGCAUCUUCAACAACUCCUACCACUCCUGGAACAACAAGUGCAUCUUUAACAACUCCUACCACUUCCGGAACAACAGGUGCAUCUUUAACAACUCCUACCACUUCCGGAACAACAAGUGCAUCUUUAACAACUCCUAUCACUUCCGGAACGACAAGUGCAUCUUCGACAACACCUACCACUUCCGGAACGACAAGUGCAUCUUCAACAACUCCUACCACUUCCGGAACGACAAGUGCAUCUUCAACAACCCCUACCACUUCAGAAACAACAAGUGCAUCUUCAACAACUCCUACCACUCCUGGAACAACAAGUGCAUCUUUAACAACUCCUACCACUUCUGGAACAACAAGUGCAUCUUCAACAACUCCUACCACUUUCGGCACAACAAGUGCAUCUUCAACAACUCCUACCACUUCCGGAACAACAGGUGCAUCUUUAACAACUCCUACCACUUCCGGAACAACAAGUGCAUCUUCAACAACUCCUACCACUUCAGAAACAACAAGUGCAUCUUUAACAACUCCUAGCACUUCCAGAACAACAAGUGCAUCUUCAACAACACCUACCACUUCAGAAACAACAAGUGCAUCUUCAACAACUCCUACAACUUCAGAAACAUCAAGUGCAUCUUCAACAACUCCUACCACUUUCGGUACAACAAGUGCAUCUUCAACAACUCCUACCACUUCCGAAGCAACAAGUGCAUCUUUAACAACUCCUACCACUUCCGGAACAACAAGUGCAUCUUCAACAACUUCUACGACUUCAGAAACAACAAGUGCGUCUUCAACAUCUCCUACCACUUCCGGAACAACAAGUGCAUCUUUAACAACUCCUACCACUUCUGGAACAACAAGUGCAUCUUCAACAACUCCUACCACUUCAGAAACAUCCAGUGCAUCUUCAACAACACCUACCACUUCUGGAACAACAAGUGCAUCUUCAACAACUCCUACCACUUCUGGAACAACAAGUGCAUCUUCAACAACUCCUACCUCUUCCGGAACAACAAGUGCUUCUUCAACAACUCCUACGACUUCAGAAACAACAAGUGCAUCUUCAACAACUCCUACGACUUCAGAAACAACAAGUGCAUCUUCAACAACUCCUACGACUUCAGAAACAUCAAGUGCAUCUUCAACAACUCCUACCACUUUUGGAACAACAAGUGCAUCUUCAACAACUCCUACCACUUCAGAAACAACAAGUGCAUCUUUAACAACUCCUAGCACUUCCGGAACAACAAGUGCAUCUUCAACAACACCUACCAUCUCCGGAACAACAAGUGCAUCUUCAACAACUCCUACAACUUUUGAAACAUCAAGUGCAUCUUCAACAACUCCUACCACUUCCGGAACAACAAGUGCAUCUUCAACAACUCCAACCACUUCCGGAACAACAAGUGCAUCUUCAACAACUUCUACGACUUCAGAAACAACAAGUGCGUCUUCAACAACUCCUACCACUUCCGGAACAACAAGUGCAUCUUCAACAACUUCUACGACUUCAGAAACAACAAGUGCGUCUUCAACAACUCCUACCACUUCAGAAACAUCCAGUGCAUCUUCAACAACACCUACCACUUCCGGAACAACAAGUGCAUCUUCAACAACUCCUACCACUUCUGGAACAACAAGUGCAUCUUCAACAACUCCUACCUCUUCCGGAACAACAAGUGCAUCUUCAACAACUCCUACGACUUCAGAAACACCAAGUGCAUCUUCAACAACUCCUACCACUUCCGGAACAACAAGUGCAUCUUUAACAACUCCUACCACUUCUGGAACAACAAGUGCAUCUUCAACAACUCCUACCACUUCAGAAACAUCCAGUGCAUCUUCAACAACACCUACCACUUCCGGAACAACAAGUGCAUCUUUACCAACUCCUACCACUUCUGGAACAACAAGUGCAUCUAUAACAACUCCUACCUCUUCCAGAACAACAAGUGCAUCUUCAACAACUCCUACGACUUCAGAAACAUCAAGUGCAUCUUCAACAACUCCUACCACUUUCGGAACAACAAGUGCAUCUUCAGCAACUCCUACCACUUCCGGAACAACAAGUGCAUCUUCAACAACUCCUACCACUUCCGGAACAACAAGUGCAUCUUCAACAACUCCUACCACUUCCGGAACAACCAGUGCAUCUUCAACAACUCCUACCACUUCCGGAACAACAAGUGCAUCUUCAACCACUCCUACCACUUCAGAAACAACAAGUGCAUCUUUAACAACUCCUAGCACUUCCGGAACAACAAGUGCAUCUUCAACAACACCUACCACUUCCGGAACAACAAGUGCAUCUUCAACAACUCCUACCACUUCCGGAACAACAAGUGCAUCUUCAACAACUCUUACCACUUCAGAAACAUCCAGUGCAUCUUCAACAACUCCUACCACUUCCGGAACAACAAGUGCAUCUUCAACAACACCUACCACUUCCGGAACAACAAGUGCAUCUUCAACAACUCCUACAACUUCCGGAACAACAAGUGCAUCUUCAACAACUCCUACCACUUCAGAAACAUCAAGUGCAUCUUCAACAACUCCUACCACUUUCGGAACAACAAGUGCAUCUUCAACAACUCCUACCACUUCAGAAACAUCAAGUGCAUCUUCAACAACUCCUACCACUUUCGGAACAACAAGUGCAUCUUCAACAACUCCUACCACUUCAGAAACAUCAAGUGCAUCUUUAACAACUCCUACCACUUCCGGAACAACAAGUGCAUCUUCAACAACUCCUACCACUUCCGAAACAACAAGUGCAUCUUUAACAACACCUACCACUUCCGAAACAUCAAGUGCAUCUUUAACAACUCCUACCACUUCCGGAACAACAAGUGCAUCUUCAACAACACCUACCACUUCAGAAACAACAAGUGCAUCUUCAACAACUCCUAGCACUUCCGGAACAACAAGUGCAUCUUCAACAACUCCUACCACUUCAGAAACAUCAAGUGCAUCAUCAACAACACCUACCACUUCCGGAACAACAAGUGCAUCUUCAACAACUCCUACCACUUCAGAAACAUCAAGUGCAUCAUCAACAACUCCUACCACUUCCGGAAAAACAAGUGCAUCUUUAACAACUCCUACGACUUCAGAAACAACAAGUGCAUUUUCAACAACUCCUACCACUUCAGAAACAACAAGUGCAUCUUCAACAACUCCUAACACUUCCGGAACAACAAGUGCAUCUUUAAACACUCCUACCACUUCUGGAACAACAAGUGCAUCUUCAACAACUCCUAGCACUUCCGGAACAACAGGUGCAUCUUCAACAACUCCUACCACUUCCGGAACAACAAGUGCAUCUUUAACAACUCUUACCACUUCCGGAACAACAAGUGCAUCUUUAACAACUCCUACCACUUCAGGAACAACAAGUGCAUCUUCACCAACUCUUACCACUUCAGAAACAUCAAGUGCAUCUUCAACAAUUCCUACCACUUUCGGAACAACAAGUGCAUCUUCAACAACUCCUACCACUUCUGGAACAUCAAGUGCAUCUUCAACAACUCCUACCACUUCAGAAAAAACAACUGCAUCUUCAACAACUCUUACCACUUCAGAAACAACAAGUGCAUCUUCAACAACUCCUACCACUUCCGGAACAACAAGUGCAUCUUCAACAAAUCCUACCACAUCCGGAACAACAAGUGCAUCUUUAACAACUCCUACCACUUCCGGAACAACAAGUGCAUCUUCAACAACUCCUACCACAUCCGAAACAACAAGUGCAUCUUUAACAACUCCUACCACUUCAGAAACAACUAGUGCAUCUUCAACAACUCCUACCACAUCCGGAACAACAAGUGCAUCUUCAACAACUCCUACCACUUCCGGAACAACAAGUGCAUCUUCAACAACUCCUACCACAUCCGGAACAACAAGUGCAUCUUCAACAACUCCUACCACUUCCGGAACAACAAGUGCAUCUUCAACAACUCCUACCACAUCCGGAACAACAAGUGCAUCUUUAACAACUCCUACCACUUCAGAAACAACAAGUGCAUCUUCAACAUCUCCUACCACUUCCGGAACAACAAGUGCAUCUUCAAACACUCCAACCACUUCCGGAACAACAAGUGCAUCUUCAACAACUCCUACCACUUCCGGAUCAACAAGUGCAUUUUCAACAACUCCUUCCACUUCAGAAACAACAAGUGCAUCUUCAACAACUCCUACCACUUCCGGAUCAACAAGUGCAUUUUCAACAACUCCUUCCACUUCAGAAACAACAAGUGCAUCUUCAACAACUCCUACCACUUCCGGAACAACAAGUGCAUCUUCAACAACUCCUACCACUUCAGGAACAACAAGUGCAUCUUCAACAACUCCUACCACUUCAGAAACAUCAAGUGCAUCUUCAACAACUCCUACCACUUCAGAAACAACAAGUGGAUCUUCAACAACUCCUACCACUUCCGGAACAACAAGUGCAUCUUCAACAAAUCCUACCACUUCCGGAAAAACAAGUGCAUCUUCAACAACUCCUACGACUUCAGAAACAACAAGUGCAUUUUCAACAACUCCUACCACUUCAGAAACAACAAGUGCAUCUUCAACAACUCCUAACACUUCCGGAACAACAAGUGCAUCUUUAAACACUCCUACCACUUCUGGAACAACAAGUGCAUCUUCAACAACUCCUAGCACUUCCGGAACAACAAGUGCAUCUUCAACAACUCCUACCACUUCCGGAACAACAAGUGCAUCUUUAACAACUCUUACCACUUCCGGAACAACAAGUGCAUCUUUAACAACUCCUACCACUUCAGGAACAACAAGUGCAUCUUCAACAACUCCUACCACUUCAGAAACAUCAAGUGCAUCUUCAACAAUUCCUACCACUUUCGGAACAACAAGUGCAUCUUCAACAACUCCUACCACUUCUGGAACAUCAAGUGCAUCUUCAACAACUCCUACCACUUCAGAAACAACAACUGCAUCUUCAACAACUCUUACCACUUCAGAAACAACAAGUGCAUCUUCAACAACUCCUACCACUUCCGGAACAACAAGUGCAUCUUCAACAAAUCCUACCACAUCCGGAACAACAAGUGCAUCUUUAACAACUCCUACCACUUCCGGAACAACAAGUGCAUCUUCAACAACUCCUACCACAUCCGGAACAACAAGUGCAUCUUUAACAACUCCUACCACUUCAGAAACAACAAGUGCAUCUUCAACAACUCCUACCACAUCCGGAACAACAAGUGCAUCUUCAACAACUCCUACCACUUCCGGAACAACAAGUGCAUCUUCAACAACUCCUACCACAUCCGGAACAACAAGUGCAUCUUCAACAACUCCUACCACUUCCGGAACAACAAGUGCAUCUUCAACAACUCCUACCACAUCCGGAACAACAAGUGCAUCUUUAACAACUCCUACCACUUCAGAAACAACAAGUGCAUCUUCAACAUCUCCUACCACUUCCGGAACAACAAGUGCAUCUUCAAACACUCCAACCACUUCCGGAACAACAAGUGCAUUUUCAACAACUCCUACCACUUCCGGAUCAACAAGUGCAUUUUCAACAACUCCUUCCACUUCAGAAACAACAAGUGCAUCUUCAACAACUCCUACCACUUCCGGAACAACAAGUGCAUCUUCAACAACUCCAACCACUUCAGAAACAACAAGUGCAUCUUCAACAUCUCCUACCACUUCCGGAACAACAAGUGCAUCUUCAAACACUCCAACCACUUCCGGAUCAACAAGUGCAUUUUCAACAACUCCUUCCACUUCAGAAACAACAAGUGCAUCUUCAACAACUCCUACCACUUCAGGAACAACAAGUGCAUCUUCAACAACUCCUACCACUUCAGAAACAUCAAGUGCAUCUUCAACAACUCCUACCACUUCAGAAACAACAAGUGGAUCUUCAACAACUCCUACCACUUCCGGAACAACAAGUGCAUCUUCAACAAAUCCUACCACUUCCGGAAAAACAAGUGCAUCUUCAACAACUCCUACCACUUCCGGAACAACAAGUGCAUCUUUAACGACUCCUACCACUUCCGGAACAACAAGUGCAUCUUCAACAACUCCUACCACUUCAGAAACAACAAGUGCAUCUUCAACAACUCCUACCACUUCUGGAACAACAAGUGCAUCUUCAACAACUCCUACCACUUCAGAAACAUCAAGUGCAUCUUCAACAACUCCUACCACUUCCGAAACAACAAGUGCAUCUUCAACUACUCCUACCACUUCAGGAACAACUAGUGCAUUUUCAACAACUCCUACCACUUCCGGAACAACAAGUGCAUCUUCAACAACUCCUACCACUUCAGAAACAACAAGUUUGUCUUCAACAACUCCAACCACUUCAGUAACAUCAACUGCAUCUUCAAAAACUCCUACCACUUCCGAAACAACAAUUACAUCUUUAACAAUUACAAACGUUAGUACAACUUUACAAACAACAUCAGAUGUGAGAACAGACAGCACAUUAGUGUCCUCAACAACUCCUACCACUUCCGGAACAACAUUUGCAUCUUCAACAACUCCUACCACUUCCGGAACAACAAGUGCAUCUUUAACAACUCCUACCACUUCCGGAACAAGUGCAUCUUCAACAACUCCUACCACUUCCGGAACAACAAGUGCAUCUUCAACAACUCAUACCACUUCCGGAACAACAAGUGCAUCUUCAACAACUCCUACCACUUCAGAAACAUCAAGUGCAUCUUCAACAACUCAUACCACUUCCGGAACAACAAGUGCAUCUUCAACCACUCCUACCACUUCAGAAAUAUCAAGUGCAUCUUCAACAACUCCUACCCCUUUCGGAACAACAAGUGCAUCUUUAACAACUCCUACCACUUCCGGAACAACAAGUGCAUCUUUAUCAACUCCUACCACUUCCAGAACAACAAGUGCAUCUUCAACAACUCCUACCACUUCAGAAACAGCAAGUGCAUCUUCAACAACUCCUACCACUUCAGGAACAACAAUUGUAUCUUCAACAACUCCUACCACUUCAGAAACAACAGGUGCAUCUUCAACAACUCCUACCACUUCUGGAACAACAAGUAUAUCUUCAACAACUCCUACCACUUCAGAAACAACAAGUGCAUCUUUAACAACUCCUACCACUUCCGGAACAACAUUUGCAUCUUCAACAAUUCCUACCACUUCCAGAACAACAAGUGCAUCUUCAACAACUCCUACCACUUCAGAAACAACAAGUGCAUCUUCAACAACUCCUACAACUUCAGAAACAACAAGUGCAUCUUCAACAACUCCUAUCACUUCUGGAACAACAAUUGCAUCUUCAACAACUCUUGCCACUUCUGGAACAACAAGUGCAUCUUCAACAACUCUUACCACUUCCGGAACAACAAGUGCAUCUUCAACAACUCCUACCACAUCCGGAACAACAAGUGCAUCUUUAACAUUUCCUACCACUUCAGAAACAACAAGUGCAUCUUCAACAACUCCUACCACUUCCGGAUCAACAAGUGCAUCUUCAACAACUCCUAUCACUUCCGGAACAACAAGUGCAUCUUCAGAAACUCCUACCACUUCCGGAACAACAUUUGCAUCUUCAACAACUCCUACCACUUCAGAAACAUCAAGUGCAUCUUCAACAACUCCUACCACUUCCGGAUCAACAAGUGCAUCUUCAACAACACCUACCACUUCCGGAACAUCAAGUGCAUCUUUAACAACUCCUACCACUUCUGGAACAACCAGUGCAUCUAUAACAACUCCUACCUCUUCCGGAACAACAAGUGCAUCUUCAACAACUCCUACGACUUCAGAAACAUCAAGUGCAUCUUCAACAACUCCUACCACUUCCGGAACAACAAGUGCAUCUUUAACAACUCCUACCACUUCAGAAACAACAAGUGCAUCUUCAACAACUCCUACCACUUCAGGAACAACAAGUGCAUCUUCAACAACUCCUACCACUUCAGAAACAACAAGUGCAUCUUCAACCACUCCUACCACUUCAGAAACAUCAAGUGCAUCUUUAACAACUCCUACCACUUCCGGAUCAACAAGUGCAACUUUAACAACUCCUAUCACUUCCGGAACAACAAGUGCAUCUUCAACAACUCCUUCCACUUCCGGAACAACAAGUGCAUCUUCAACAACUCCUACCACUUCAGAAACAUCAAGUGCAUCUUCAACAACUCCUAACACUUCUGGAACAACAGGUGCAUCUUUAACAACUUUUACCACUUCAGGAACAACAAGUGCAUCUUCAACAACUCCUUCCACUUCAGGAACAACAAGUGCAUCUUCAACAACUCCUACCACUUCAGGAACAACAAGUGCAUCUUCAACAACUCCUACCACUUCAGAAACAACAAGUGCAUCUUCAACCACUCCUACCACUUCAGAAACAUCAAGUGCAUCUUUAACAACUCCUACCACUUCCGGAUCAACAAGUGCAACUUUAACAACUCCUAUCACUUCCGGAACAACAAGUGCAUCUUCAACAACUCCUUCCACUUCCGGAACAACAAGUGCAUCUUCAACAACUCCUACCACUUCAGAAACAUCAAGUGCAUCUUCAACAACUCCUAUCACUUCCGGAACAACAAGUGCAUCUUCAACAACUACUACCACUUCCGGAACAACAAGUGCAUCUUUAACAACCCCUUCCACUUCCGGAACAACAAGUGCAUCUUCAACAACUCCUAACACUUCAGAAAUAUCAAGUGCAUCUUCAACAACUCCUAUCACUUCCGGAACAACAAGUGCAUUUUCAACAACUCCUACCACUUCUGGAACAACAAGUGCAUCUUUAACAACUCCUACCACUUCAGGAACAACAAGUGCAUCUUCAACAACCCCUACCACUUCAGAAACAACAAGUGCAUCUUCAACAACUCCUACCACUUCCGGAUCAACAAGUGCAUCUUCAACAACUCCUACCACUUUCGGAACAACAAGUGCAUCUUCAACAACUCCUACCACUUCCGGAACAUCAAGUGCAUCUUUAACAACUCCUACCACUUCCGGAUCAACAAGUGCAUCUUCAACAACUCCUAUCACUUCCGGAACAACAAGUGCAUCUUCAACAACUCCUACCGCUUUCGGAACAACAAGUGCAUCUUCAACAACCCCUACCACUUCAGAAACAACAAGUGCAUCUUCAACAACUCCUACCACUUCCGGAUCAACAAGUGCAUCUUCAACAACUCCUUUCACUUCCGGAACAACAAGUGCAUCUUCAACAACUCCUACCACUUUCGGAACAACAAGUGCAUCUUCAACAACUCCUACCACUUCCGGAACAUCAAGUGCAUCUUUAACAACUCCUACCACUUCCGGAUCAACAAGUGCAUCUUCAACAACUCCUACCACUUUCGGAUCAACAAGUGCAUCUUCAACAACUCCUAUCACUUCUUGGACAACAAUUGCAUCUUCAACGACUUCUACCACUUCCAGAACAACAAGUGCAACUUUAACAACUCCUACCAUUUCAGGAACAACUAGUGCAUCUUUAAAAUCUCCUACCACUUCAGAAACAACAAGUGCAUCUUCAACAACUCCUACCACUUCCGGAUCAACAAGUGCAUCUUCAACAACUCCUAUCACUUCCGGAACAACAAGUGCAUCUUCAACAAGUCCUACCGCUUUCGGAACAGCAAGUGCAUCUCCAACAACUCCUACCACUUCCGGAACAACAAUUGCAUCUCCAACAACUCCUACCACUUCAGAAACAUCAAGUGCAUCUUCAACAACUCCUACCACUUCAGAAACAACAAGUGCAUCUUCAACAACUCCUAACACUUCUGGAACAACAGGUGCAUCUUUAACAACUUUUACCACUUCAGGAACAACAAGUGCAUCUUCAACAACUCCUACCACUUCCGGAACAACAAGUGCAUCUUCAACAAAUCCUAUCACUUUCGGAACCACAAGUGCGUCUUCAACAACUCCUACCACUUCCGCAACAACAAGUGCAUCUUUAACAACUCCUACCACUUCCGGAACAACAAGUGCAUCUUCAACAACUCCUACCACUUCCGGAACAACAAGUGCAUCUUUAACAACUCCUACCACUUCCGGAACAACAAGUGCAUCUUUAACAACUCCUACCACUUCCGGAAAAACAAGUGCAUCUUCAACAACACAUACCACUUCAGAAACAACAAGUGCAUCUUCAACAACUCCUACCACUUCAGAAACAACAAGUGCAUCCUUACCAACUCCUACCACUUCAGAAACAACAAGUGCAUCUUCAACAACUCCUACCACUUCAGAAACAACAAGUACAUUUUCAACAAAUACAGACACUAGUACAACUUUACACACAACAACAGGUGUGACAACAGAAAGAACAAUAUCUUCCUCACUAGCUCCCCAAACUACAACUGAACCUGCAACAAGUACAACUGCAGCUUUAAAUGCAGUUUCAUCCACAUCUGUGUCCACAGAAAGUAAUAAAUUUUCCUCAACAACUUUAAAAACUAUAACAGCACCUGGAACAAGCACAACUGCAGCUUCAAGUACAACUCCAUCCACAUUAACAGGUGUGACAACAGAUAGAACAAUAUUUUCCUCACUAGCUCCCCAAACUACAAUUGCACCUGCAACAAGUACAGCUGCAGCUUUAAGUGCAGUUUCAUCGACAGCUGUGUCCACAGAAAGUAUUUCAUUUUCCUCAACCACCCCAACAACUUUAAAAAGUGUAACAGCACCUUUAACAAGCAAAACUGCAGCUUCAAGUACAGCUCCAUCAACAGGUGUGACAACAGAAAGAACAAUAUUUUCUUCACUAGCUCCCCAAACUACAACUGCACCUGCAUCAAGUACAACUCCAGCUAUAAGUGCAGUUUCAUCCACAGCUGUGUCCACAGAAAGUAGUACAUUUUCCUCAACCACCCCAGCAACUUUAAAACCUGUAACAGCACCUGGAACAAGCACAACCACAGCUUCAAGUGCAGCUCCAUUCACAUUAACAGGUGUGACAACAGAAAGAACAAUAUUUUCCUCACUAGCUCCCCAAACUGCAACUGCACCUGCAUCAAGUACAACUCCAGCUAUAAGUGCAAUUUCAUCCACAGCUGUGUCCACAGAAAGUAGUACAUUUUCCUCAACCACCCCAGCAACUUUAAAACCUGUAACAGCACCUGGAACAAGCACAACUGCAGCUUCAAUUACAGCUCCAUCCACAUCAACGGGUGUGACAUCAGAGAGCACAAGAUUUUCUUCAACAACUCCUACCAUUACAGAAACACCAGCUGUACCAACAACAAACACAACUAAAACUUUAACUAUAGCUCCAUCCACAGCAACAGCUAUGACCACGGAAAGCAUAUCAAUGUCAUCAAGCAUUCCUCUCCUUCUAAAAACUACUAAGCUUGCAACAAGCACAAUUGCUGCUUUAUCAACAACACCUACAACUUCUCAAACUGCAUCUUCUACUACCACGAAAGCUUCCACAAGAACCGUGUUGACUCCAGAAAGCACAACUUUUGCCUCAACAAUUGCAUCAGUAUUGACUACAAUUACGUCUUCCACUAUGACCUUAUCUUCCCCUAUUGCACAUGCACCAACAACUACAGCUUUCACAAUCACAACUUUGCCUACAGAUUCUAGAUCAGCUACAACCUCAACUCGUACAUCACCAACAAUGUAUAAAUCUACAGAAGGUUUAACAGCACCUGCAACAACCACAUUUAAACUUUCCACAAGCACUAUAGUACCUUCAAUUACCUCAACAUCAACUCCAACCUCAACUAAAGCUACUGCCAUUCCAACAAAAAGUGCUUCUCUAGCAGCAACAAUGUCAACAACUAUAAAUCCCACAAGCUCAUCUAAAGCAGAAGGUUCAAACACAACCACACAUCAAACCACAACUGCAUUUCAAGUCACAACUGCACCUUUAUCAAGUACAACUAUAGCUUUUACAAAGACAGUUCCAGCACUGAGCCAAACAACACAUUUUACCAGAACAACUACACCUCCAAUAACCACAACUGUGUCUCCGGAAAACAUAACUGUAGCUGUGACAAUUACAUCUUCAACCUCAGUAAGUACAACAGCUACUUCAAGGAUGAUUAUAGCUCCAACCACUACAACUCCAACAAAAACAACUGAAGCUUCAACUUUAUCAUUUACAACUUUGACUGUACCCACUACAACAAGCAGUGCUGAACCUUUGGUCUCUCACAUGUCAACAAGCAAGUUCCCAGUGACUUUGAAUCAAAUAUCUGGUUCAGCAGUGGUGACAAGCAAACUAGUGUUCAACUCCUUAUCUCCAGUCCCCAGUGAAACUCUGGUGCUCAGUGCUAUCCAAACCCUCAGGGACUCAAAAGAGUCACAACUUGGUGAAUCCGUGAAGGUGGCGAAUGUCACUUAUGAAAGAAUCUCAGACACCUCCUAUGCAGUCAUCAUUAUAUUUACUCUGAGUAACAUCAGCAUCCCAGAAGACCCUGAUCUAAAAAAGAACACUUACAAUCAAGUGCAAAAUACUGUCAAUACUGCGCUGAACACUCUUCUGAAUGGGCCUACCUCUCCAGUUUUUGAACCCACAUCCUCUGACUUCACGAGCACAUCAGACCAAAUUAAUGGCAUGAUGGUUUACACCUUCCAAGAUGGAGAUGCGAUACAACCAGUCAGCUUCCUAGAUUUGCUUCGUUUACCAAUAGGAUCAACAACUACAACUAUGUUUCCUCUGACAUCAAGCAAAUUCCCAUUGACGUCUCAGAAACCACUAUCUGGAUCAGCAGUGGUGACAAGCAAACUGGUGUUUAACUCCUCAUCUCCAGUCCCCAGUAAAGCCCUGGUGCUUAGUGCUAUCCAAACCCUCAGGGACUCAAGAGAGUCACAACUUGGUGAAUCUGUGAAGGUGACGAAUGUCACUUAUGAAAAAAUCUCAGACACCUCCUAUGCAGUCAUCAUUACAUUAACUCUGAGUAACAUCAGCAUCCCAGAAGACCCUGAGCUCAAAAACAACACUUACAAUCAAGUGCAAAAUACUGUCAAUACUGCACUGAACACUCUUCUGAAUGGGCCUACCUCUCCAGUUUUUGAACCCACGUCCUCUGACUUCACGAGCACACCAGAUCAAAUUAAUGGCAUGAUAGUUUACACCUUCCAAGAUGGAGAUGCGAUACAACCAGUUAGCUUCCUGGAUCUGCUUCGCUUACCAAUAGGAUCAACAACUACCACUGUGUCUCCUCUGACAUCAAGCAAAUUCCCAUUGACGUCUCAGAAACCACUAUCUGGUUCAGCAGUGGUGACAAGCAAACUGGUGUUCAACUCCUCAUCUCCAGUCCCCAGUGAAGCUCUGGUGCUCAGUGCUAUCCAAACCCUCAGAGAUUCAAGAGAGUCACAACUUGGUGAAUCUGUGAAGGUGGCGAAUGUCACUUAUGAAAAAAUCUCAGACACCUCCUAUGCAGUCAUCAUUAUAUUUACUCUGAGUAACAUCAGCAUCCCAGAAGACCCUAAUUUGAAAAACAACACUUACAAUCAAGUGCAAAAUACUGUCAAUACUGCGCUGAACACUCUUCUGAAUGGGCCUAAUUCUACAGUUUUUGAACCCACGUCCUCUGACUUCACGAGCACACCAGAUCAAAUUAAUGGCCUGAUGGUUUAUACCUUCCAAGAUGGAGAUGCGAUACAACCAGUUAGCUUCCUAGAUCUGCUUCGUUUACCAACAGGAUCAACAACUACAACGUUUUCUCCAAUGACAUCCAGUAAAUUCCCAUUGACGUCUCAAAAACCACUAUCUGGUUCAGCAGUGGUGACAAGCAAACUGGUGUUCAACUCCUCAUCUCCAGUCCCCAGUGAAACUCAGGUGCUCAGUGCUAUCCAAACCCUCAAAGAUUCAAGAGAGUCACAACUUGGUGAAUCCGUGAAGGUGGCGAAUGUCACUUAUGAAAAAAUCUCAGACACCUCCUAUGCAGUCAUCAUUAUAUUUACUCUGAGUAACAUCAGCAUCCCAGAAGACCCUAAUCUAAAAAACAACACUUACAAUCAAGUGCAAAAUACUGUCAAUACUGCGCUGAACACUCUUCUGAAUGGGCCUAAUUCUACAGUUUUUGAACCCACGACCUCUGACUUCACGAGCACACCAGAUCAAAUUAAUGGCCUGAUGGUUUACACCUUCCAAGAUGGAGAUGCGAUACAACCAGUUAGCUUCCUAGAUCUGCUUCGUUUACCAAUAGGAUCAACAACUACAACGUUUUCUCCAAUGACAUCCAGCAAAUUCCCAUUGACGUCUCAGAAACCACUAUCUGGUUCAGCAGUGGUGACAAGCAAACUGGUGUUCAACUCCUCAUCUCCAGUCCCCAGUGAAGCUCUGGUGCUCAGUGCUAUCCAAACCCUCAGAGACACCAGAGAGUCACAACUUGGUGAAUCUGUGAAGGUGACGAAUGUCACUUAUGAAAAAAUCUCAGACACCUCCUAUGCAGUCAUCUUUAUAUUUACUUUGAGUAACAUCAGCAUCCCAGAAGACCCUAAUCUAAAAAACAACACUUACAAUCAAGUGCAAAAUACUGUCAAUACUGCGCUGAACACUCUUCUGAAUGGGCCUGCCUCUACAGUUUUUGAUCCCACGUCCUCUGACUUCACGAGCACACCAGAUCAAAUUAAUGGCUUGAUGGUUUACACCUUCCAAGAUGGAGAUGCGAUACAACCAGUUAGCUUCCUAGAUCUGCUUCGUUUACCAAUAGGAUCAACAACUACAACUGUGUCUUCUCUGACAUCAAGUAAAUUCCCAUUGACGUCUCAGAAACCACUAUCUGGAUCAGCAGUGGUGACAAGCAAACUGGUGUUCAACUCCUCAUCUCCAGUCCCCAGUGAAGCUCUGGUGCUCAGUGCUAUCCAAACCCUCAGAGAUUCCAGAGAGUCACAACUUGGUGAAUCUGUGAAGUUGGCGAAUGUCACUUAUGAAAAAAUCUCAGACACCUCCUAUGCAGUCAUCAUUAUAUUUACUCUGAGUAACAUCAGCAUCCCAGAAGACCCUAAUCUAAAAAACAACACUUACAAUCAAGUGCAAAAUACUGUCAAUACUGCGCUGAACACUCUUCUGAAUGGGCCUAAUUCUACUGUUUUUGAACCCACGUCCUCUGACUUCACGAGCACACCAGAUCAAAUUAAUGGCCUGAUGGUUUACACCUUCCAAGAUGGAGAUGCGAUACAACCAGUCAGCUUCCUAGAUCUGCUUCGUUUACCAAUAGGAUCAACAACUACAACUGUGUCUCCUCUGACAUCAAGCAAAUUCCCAUUGACGUCUCAGAAACCACUAUCUGGUUCAGCAGUGGUGACAAGCAAACUGGUGUUCAACUCCUCAUCUCCAGUCCCCAGUGAAGCUCUGGUGCUCAGUGCUAUCCAAACCCUCAGGGACACCAGAGAGUCACAACUUGGUGAAUCCGUGAAGGUGGCGAAUGUCACUUAUGAAAAAAUCUCAGACACCUCCUAUGCAGUCAUCAUUAUAUUUACUCUGAGUAACAUCAGCAUCCCAGAAGACCCUAAUCUAAAAAACAACACUUACAAUCAAGUGCAAAAUACUGUCAAUACUGCGCUGAACACUCUUCUGAAUGGCCCUACCUCUACAGUUUUUGAACCCACGUCCUCUGACUUCACGAGCACACCGGAUCAAAUUAAUGGCCUGAUGGUUUACACCUUCCAAGAUGGAGAUGCGAUACAACCAGUUAGCUUCCUAGAUCUGCUUCGUUUACCAAUAGGAUCAACAACUACAACUGUGUCUUCUCUGACAUCAAGCAAAUUCCCAUUGACGUCUCAGAAACCACUAUCUGGUUCAGCAGUGGUGACAAGCAAACUGGUGUUCAACUCCUCAUCUCCAGUCCCCAGUGAAGCUCUGGUGCUCAGUGCUAUCCAAACCCUCAGAGAUUCCAGAGAGUCACAACUUGGUGAAUCUGUGAAGGUGGCGAAUGUCACUUAUGAAAAAAUCUCAGACACCUCCUAUGCAGUCAUCAUUAUAUUUACUUUGAGUAACAUCAGCAUCCCAGAAGACCCUAAUCUAAAAAACAACACUUACAAUCAAGUGCAAAAUACUGUCAAUACUGCGCUGAACACUCUUCUGAAUGGCCCUACCUCUACAGUUUUUGAACCCACGUCCUCUGACUUCACGAGCACACCAGAUCAAAUUAAUGGCCUGAUGGUUUACACCUUCCAAGAUGGAGAUGCGAUACAACCAGUUAGCUUCCUAGAUCUACUUCGUUUACCAAUAGGAUCAACAACUACAACGUUGUCUCCUAUGACAUCCAGCAAAUUCCCAUUGACGUCUCAGAAACCACUAUCUGGUUCAGCAGUGGUGACAAGCAAACUGGUGUUCAACUCCUCAUCUCCAGUCCCCAGUGAAGCUCUGGUGCUCAGUGCUAUCCAAACCCUCAGAGAUUCAAGAGAGUCACAACUUGGUGAAUCUGUGAAGGUGGCGAAUGUCACUUACGAAAAAAUCUCAGACACCUCCUAUGCAGUCAUCAUUAUAUUUACUCUGAGUAACAUCAGCAUCCCAGAAGACCCUAAUCUAAAAAACAACACUUACAAUCAAGUGCAAAAUACUGUUAAUACUGCGCUGAACACUCUUCUGAAUGGGCCUAAUUCUACCGUUUUUGAACCCACAUCCUCUGACUUCACGAGCACACCAGAUCAAAUUAAUGGCCUGAUGGUUUACACCUUCCAAGAUGGAGAUGCGAUACAACCAGUUAGCUUCCUAGAUCUGCUUCGUUUACCAAUAGGAUCAACAACUACAACAUUGUCUCCUAUGACAUCCAGCAAAUUCCCAUUGACGUCUCAGAAACCACUAUCUGGAUCAGCAGUGGUGACAAGUAAACUGAUGUUCAACUCCUCAUCUCCAGUCCCCAGUGAAGCUCAGGUGCUCAGUGCUAUCCAAACCCUCAGAAAUUCAAGAGAGUCACAACUUGGUGAAUCUGUGAAGGUGGCGAAUGUCACUUAUGAAAAACUCUCAGACACCUCCUAUGCAGUCAUCAUUAUAUUUACUCUGAGUAACAUCAGCAUCCCAGAAGACCCUGAGCUCAAAAACAACACUUACAGUCAAGUGCAAAAUACUGUCAAUACUGCGCUGAACACUCUUCUGAAUGGCCCUACCUCUACAGUUUUUGAACCCACGUCCUCUGACUUCACGAGCACACCAGAUCAAAUUAAUGGCCUGAUGGUUUACACCUUCCAAGAUGGAGAUGCGAUACAACCAGUUAGCUUCCUAGAUCUGCUUCGUUUACCAAUAGGAUCAACAACUACAACUGUGUCUUCUCUGACAUCAAGUAAAUUCCCAUUGACUUCUCAGAAACCACUAUCUGGUUCAGCAGUGGUGACAAGCAAACUGGUGUUCAACUCCUCAUCUCCAGUCCCCAGUGAAGCUCUGGUGCUCAGUGCUAUCCAAACCCUCGGAGAUUCAAGAGAGUCACAACUUGGUGAAUCCGUGAAGGUGGCGAAUGUCACUUAUGAAAAAAUCUCAGACACCUCCUAUGCAGUCAUCAUUAUAUUUACUCUGAGUAACAUCAGCAUCCCAAAAGACCCUGAGCUCAAAAACAACACUUACAAUCAAGUGCAAAAUACUGUCAAUACUGCGCUGAACACUCUUCUGAAUGGGCCUGCCUCUACAGUUUUUGAACCCACAUCCUCUGACUUCACGAGCACACCGGAUCAAAUUAAUGGCCUGAUGGUUUACAACUUCCAAGAUGGAGAUGCGAUACAACCAGUUAGCUUCCUAGAUCUGCUUCGUUUACCAAUAGGAUCAACAACUACAACCCUGUCUCCUAUGACAUCCAGCAAAUUCCCAUUGACGUCUCAGAAACCACUAUCUGGUUCAGCAGUGGUGACAAGCAAACUGGUGUUCAACUCCUCAUCUCCAGUCCCCAGUGAAGCCCUGGUGCUCAGUGCUAUCCAAACCCUCAGAGAUUCAAGAGAGUCACAACUUGGUGAAUCAGUGAAGGUGGCGAAUGUCACUUAUGAAAGAAUCUCAGACACCUCCUAUGCAGUCAUCAUUAUAUUUACUCUGAGUAACAUCAGCAUCCCAGAAGACCCUAAUCUAAAAAACAACACUUACAAUCAAGUGCAAAAUACUGUCAAUACUGCGCUGAACACUCUUCUGAAUGGGCCUGCCUCUCCAGUUUUUGAACCCACGUCCUCUGACUUCACGAGCACACCAGAUCAAAUUAAUGGCCUGAUGGUUUACACCUUCCAAGAUGGAGAUGCGAUACAACCAGUUAGCUUCCUAGAUCUGCUUCGUUUACCAAUAGGAUCAACCACUACAACUGUGUCUCCUCUUACAUCAAGCAAAUUCCCAUUGACGUCUCAGAAACCACUAUCUGGUUCAGCAGUGGUGACAAGCAAACUGGUGUUCAACUCCUUAUCUCCAGUCCCCAGUGAAACUCAGGUGCUCAGUGCUAUCCAAACUCUAAGGAAUUCAAGAGAGUCACAACUUGGUGAAUCUGUGAAGGUGGCAAAUGUCACUUAUGAAAAAAUCUCAGACACCUCAUAUGCAGUCAUCAUUACACUUACUCUGAGUAACAUCAGCAUCCCAGAAGACCCUGAGCUCAAAAACAGCACUUUCAAUCAAGUGAAAAAUAUUGUCAAUAAUGCGCUGAACACUCUUCUGAAUGGGCCUACCUCUCCAGUUUUUGAACCCACGUCCUCUGACUUCACGAGCAAAUUAGACCAAAUUAAUGGCACCGUAGAUUACACCUUCCAAGAUGGAGAUGCGAUAAAACCAGUUAGCUUCCUAGAUCUGCUUAAUUUACCAAUAGAUCUAACAACAACCAAGACUCCAACAACAACCACAACACAACCACCGACUGUGCUUGGAAAGGUGGUCAUUUACAUUGAACUGGUGUUUAUCACAUUUGGUCAAGUUCCAAGUGAGGAGAGUGUACUACAAAUAGUUCACAGUUUUCUAGACACAGGUCUGAGAAUCGUCCAGUCAGUCCCAACACAAAACCUGAGUGAUCCUGUGAGCUUUGUGAAUAUCACCUAUCAUAAAUUGGCUGAUAACAAAUAUUCCAUCAACUUUGGAUUUGAAAUCAAAGAUGUACUUAUGUUUGAAAACCCUGAUCUCAGAAAUGACACCUUCCCAUCAAUUCAAGACAAAAUAAAUGGAUUGCUGAACAAGAUCCUAAGUGACCCCUCGGGUGUAUUUAAUUUCAAGGCAACCAAUUUUACGGGUAACUCCACGGCGAUUCGUGCCGAUGUACAGUAUGUUUUCAACCAAAGUGACAUCCAUACACCCAGCCUCUUUGUUCAAGAACUCCUCAAAAUUAAUGGAGUUACCUCAACACCAGCACCGACUGUGCUUGGGAAAGUGAUCAUUUUCAUUAAACUGGUGUUCAUCACACGUGGUCCGGCUCCAAGUGAGGAGAGUGUACUACAGAUAGCGAACAGUCUUCUAGACGUACAUCUGAGAACCGUCCGAUCAGUCCCAACACAAACCCUGAAUGAUCCUGUUAGCAUUGUGAAUAUCACCUAUGAGAAAUUGGCUGAUAACCAAUAUUCCAUCAACUUUGGAUUUGCAAUCAACGAUGUCAACAUGUCAGAGAAAAUUGAAUUCAGAAAUGAAACCUACAAAAUAGUUCAAGAUAAAAUAAAUGAAUUGCUGAACAAGAUCCUAAAUGACCCCACAGCUGCUAUAUUUAAGUUCAACCCAGCCAUGUUUACGGGUAACUCCACUGUGAUUCGUGCUGAUGUGCAGUAUAUUUUCAACGAAUCUGACAUUGGUAAACCCAGCAUCUUUGUUGAAGCACUUCUCAAAGUUAAUGGAGUUAUUACCACAGCUGCACCUGCCAGAACCACCUCUAUGGUGGUAAACACUACUGGGGCAAACAAUAGCAGUGCAGCAUGGGUUGUGGCUAUAAUUGUUCCCUGUGCUAUAGCCAUCAUGCUUGUACCUUGCUGGAUUCUCCUUUGUUGUUUGCUCUGUGGUUGCUGUACACGAAUAAGACGACGUUGGCACAGGAGGCAGUCAUACAACAUACAGUACACAACUCACAAUCUCUUCUAGAGGGUUCACAAAUAUUCAGUGAGAAAGAACAAGACUGAGCACCACUAACUACAUAACAAAUCAAUUCAUUUUACUAAAAUUUUAAUGAAUUUUUUUUUUAAUAUAUUACAUAUGUUGAAAAUUAUUUAUUUUAUGUGACUGUAUUGCUGGACAUACAGGAUCUGUCUAAAAAUGAAAAUAAUAGAAAAUGACACAAAUGUUUAGUUUUUUUUCUGUAGUAUAUAAUGGAUUAAUAUUUAUUUGUAUUUAUUUAUGAAUGUAUUCAGUCAACAGCAUGUCAAAUUAUUUUCUAAAAAAAUAUAUAUAUUUGUAGUUUUAAAACAUUUUAUUCAAAUUGUACAAUGUUCAAAUUUAUUUUUUGUAACUUCAGGCACUUUAACAUCUGUUCUAAACUGACAUUAUAUGUUAAACUGUAUAAACUUUAAUAAAAAAAAUUAGCAAU